GGACGUGCGGCCGCUUCCCGGCGGCGGCAUGGAGGGUGUAGAGGCGUACGGCUUCUCGGCCGCCAUGAGCGGCGCCUUCCUGCUCUCGUCGCUGCUCUUCGCCGCCGUCAACCGCCGCCUGCGGGAGCCCUACAUGGACGAGGUUUUCCACGUCCCGCAGGCGCAGGCCUACUGCCAGGGCCGCUUCCUGCAGUGGGAUCCCAUGAUCACCACCCCUCCGGGUCUGUACCUGCUGUCGGUUGGUGUGGUGAAGCCAGCAGCCUGGCUCUUUGGCUGGACGGGCAGUGUGGUGUGUUCCACCGGCAUGCUCAGGUUCAUCAACCUCCUCAUCAGCGCUGGCAACUUCUACCUGCUGUACCUGCUUCUGCUGAAGAUCCAUCAGAAAAAUAAGGCUGUGUCAGGUUUCCAGAGAAUCUUGUCUUCGUUAACUCUUGCAACAUUUCCCACCCUUUAUUUUUUUACAUUCCUUUAUUAUACGGACACAGGAUCAGUAUUUUUUACUCUCUUUGCGUAUUUAAUGUGCCUUUAUGGUAACCAUAAGGCUUCAGCUCUGCUUGGAUUUUGUGCUUUCAUGUUUCGUCAGACAAAUAUCAUGUGGACAGUUUUUUGUGCUGGAAAUGUUGUUGCAGAAAAGCUAAAUGAAGGCUGGAAGACAGAGUUACUGAAAAAGAAGGAUGAAAGGAUCUCUUCCAUGAGAACAUCAUUUUCUGAUCUGACCUUAAUCACGCGGUUUCUUAUUGAAUAUCUCAUAUCUCCUAAAAACUUAAUUACACUUAUUGCUUUAACAUGGCCAUACAUUGUGUUAGUAGCUGCGUUCUUUGUUUUUGUCUUCGUCAAUGGUGGAAUAGUUGUUGGUGACAGAAGUAGCCAUGAAGCCUGCUUGCACUUUCCCCAGCUGUUCUAUUUUUUGUCCUUUACUCUCUUUUUUUCCUUCCCUCAUUUACUGACCCCUGCUAAAAUCAGGAAAUUCCUGCAGUCAUUGCGAAGGCACCGUGUGCAGUACAUCCUAAUCGCUGCCAUCUCUUUGUUCUUGAUUUGGAAGUUUACCUAUGUUCAUAAGUAUUUGCUAGCAGAUAAUAGACAUUACACAUUCUAUGUUUGGAGAAAAAUCUUCCAAAGACAUGAGCUUGUAAAAUAUGUGUUAGUUCCAGCCUAUAUAUUUGCUGGCUGGAGUUUUGUUGAUACAAUAAAAUCAAAAUCGAUAUUCUGGAUCUUAAUGUAUUUUGUAUGUUUAUUAUCAGUCACAGUUCCCCAAAAGCUGUUAGAGUUCCGUUACUUUAUUUUGCCAUUCUUAAUAUACAGGCUCAAUAUUCCAUUCCCACCCGUCUAUAGACAACUUGUUGAGUUGGCUUUUUACACUGUUGUGAAUGCAGUAACAUUUUAUCUUUUCCUAAACAAAACAUUCCAGUGGCCCAAUAGUGUAGAAAUCCAGAGGUUUAUGUGGUGACUUUUUUUAACCUUCGUAUCCUUAUGGAAAUCCAAUUCUGUUUCAGAACUGUGGGCUCUGGAACAAAGUACCAUGUUUUGUAUUAUAUGUGGACUCUUUUUUUUUUCCCCAGAGGACUGGAGAAGGAAUGAAGUUGCUUAUGUUCUUGGAAUUGAAUGGGAUGUGUUAUAAUGUGCAGAUAGUGAAUUUCUGAACUCCUAGAAUUAACAAAUUUGGUAGGAGGUGAAAUUUGGGAACACUUAACAGUAAUUAAUGUGAAACAUGGGAGAUGUUUACAGUCAUUCUUCAUUAUAAUAUAUUAUCUAAUGUACUUCAAGAUAUGAUGGUUUAUGUUUCAGAGGUUUAUCUUUAAAACAGCAUGCUUAAGUGUUACGCUGGGAUGCAUACUUCUUUGAAACAGGCUGCUUCCAUCUAUGCCUGCUAGAAGUCAAGGUAUGAAGCACUGCUCAAUGAUAACGUUUUCAAAAACACCUACAUCCUACAACCUACUGAAUUUUCUGGAUUUUUUUCUUUGGUCAAUAAAUGCUUACAUGAGUUUUGCAAACAGAA